GGAAAUCCCCCAUCCCUUGGUUCUGACAGUGAAUUUGGGGGAUGGAUAUGUCACAAAUGGGAAGCUAAAAGCAAAAUAGAUUUUAGUACCAUGAGGAUAUAUGUUUGUGUAAAAGGUUUUAGCUGAGUCUACUUUCAUAGCUCAGCUAUUUUAUUUUGUUUUCUACAAAAACAGAAUGAUAAGGAUUUUCUACUGUUGCUUCUCCUUUUCCGUACUCUUGAUCCAUCUUAACUGAUUGUGAGUGCUACCAAACAAUACCCAGCACCACUAACAUGCCCAGGUAUAGUCAUGUUCUUAUCUAUGUCUAAGAAAUGGGAAAAAAAGGAAACAAAAAUGACAUGUAACUGCCCAAUUAUUAGUAAGCAUGCCUUUGAAAACCUGCAGUGUCUUAACUGAAUUAUCAAUCGUAGAUUUGGUUCAUACCUCUCUAUCAUCUCUUUCUGUAUGAUUUUGCUCAAAUACUCCCCAUUUUCCCCUUCCAGUUCCUAAACAUCCUGAAGAAUCAUCUUUACUGAGAAGAUCUGUCACAGUAUGGACUUCAGCUUUGCUUGUUAGGCCUUGAUCCUUUGCUGUCCAAUUCUGCUUCAAAUGAACUGACAUUCAUCUGUAAAAGAACUGAAGAAUAUGUUGAUCAGACAAUUGUUGUCUUUUCAAGUUACCAGAACAUUACUUGUCUUGUGUGAUUUCUUCUACAGAACCAUGGCUGGAAGUGGAACUGGACUGAAGACCCCAGACCUGGUGAAGAAGGUCGCUUCUGCCAAUUCCCAGUUUGGUCUGGACCUGUACAAGAAAGUCGCCUUAGACCUGAAGGACUCCAAUGUGUUUCUGUCUCCCUUCAGCAUCUCGGCAGCUCUGGCCAUGACCCAGCUGGGAGCUCGAGGUGACACAGCAGCUCAGAUGAACCAGGUCCUGAAGUGGACUGACAUCCAGGACUCCGUACAUCCAGGGUUUGAAGACUAUCUGCGUCUUCUGAAAACACACAGGGAGACUACGAUACUUACAACAGCCAACCGCUUGUUUGUGAAUGAUAAGGCCAAGAUUCUGGAUGAAUUUCUACAGAAGACAGAGAAGCAUUAUGGUGCUCAGGCUGUUCUGUCUGACUUUGUGGGCAAUGGAGCUGGAGAGGCGGAGAAGAUCAACCAAUGGGUGGAAUCGGAGACCAACAGCAAGAUAAAGGAUCUGAUCACAGGUGGAAUCGAUCCACUGACAGCUAUGAUCCUUGUUAAUGCCAUAUACUUCAAAGGCAACUGGGCAGAGAAAUUCGAUCCGACAAGGACAGAGAAGGGCACAUUUAAGGUGAAGCCUGGAGAGACCGUACAAGUUGAUAUGAUGCGGAUGAAGAAGAAGUUCAAGUUUGGCCUAAAUGAUGAACUGAACUGUUCUGUGUUGGAACUGCCUUAUGUAAAGGAGGACCUUAGCAUGUUCUUCUUGUUGCCUGACAAAGAUGAUGGUUUGGGAGAACUGGAAAGCAAACUGAAUCAUGAAUCUUUGACGGAAGCCUUAAAACGUGUUCACAAAACUACUGUUGACAUCUCUAUGCCCAGAUUUGUGCUGGAAUCAAGCUUUGAGCUGAAUGAAGUCCUGAAGUCGCUGGGAAUGUCUGAUGCUUUUGAUGAGCAGAAAGCCGAUCUGUCCGGAAUUGAUGGAACCCGGCUCCUGUACAUCUCCCAGGUGGUCCACAAGGCCUUCCUGGAAGUGAACGAGGAGGGAAGUGAAGCUGCUGCAGCCACAGCAGUUAGGAUCAUGACAAGAUCGCUCCCUAUAAUUGAGCCUUUCAAGGCAGAUCAUCCCUUCCUGUUCCUCAUCCGUGACAACCGAGCCGAUGUUGUGCUCUUCAUGGGCAGACUUGUUCGUCCUCCCACAGCAGGCUCAGCUGGUGUUUCACAGAAAACUGAACUGUAGAGCUGUUGAUAUGAUUCUGUUUCAGAGCAAUGUUACUGUUAUUGUGACCAUCUCCAUCAAUUAAAUGCAUUAUAUUAUGAUAUUUAAUAGCAGUACGUUGUUUGAUUGAAAGUAUCCAUAAACUUCUCUCAGUUACCAAAGUAGACUAGUUUAUUUUCUAUUUUUUAGUGGUUCUGUUUUAACCUUAGUAUAGAUUGAUCUGCCUUUGAUUUCACAAAUGUGGGACAAUAAUGGCCCCUUGUUCCAUGCUUUAGUAUUGUUUAUAAAAGAAAUCCACUUUUUCACUGCAUUUUUCACAUUCAUGGAAACAUGAACAAUCCUUAGGACUUUUAAACUCAUGUCCUGAAUAUUUUUAGAUAUUAACUUUCCAUUAAAUGUUUUCACAGUGGCUGACCGUUACAGAUUUGCUUCGGCUUUAUGUGUCUAUGGUGGUUAUACAGUAUAUUCUCAAGGUUAAAUAUAUUCUAAAUAUGUUCUGAAAAAUUGACGUGUGUAGAGAUGGCACAUAUUUUCAUAUAAUGCAUAAAAUAAGACUGUCAUAAAACAUGUAUUGCUUUAAUCAUGUCAAUAAAUAGCUGUGAUACACUA